CUUCCUAUAAAUACGAGCACACAGUAAUACAUGUAACGCACACAAUUACACGCAUAAAGCGUUCUAGCAAUCCAUCCACCUAUCGAGGGUUUGAACCUCAGCUCGUGAUUUGUCAUGCGUCUAAACUUUUUGCUUUUUUGUCUUUCUAGGAAAAGAAGAAAAUUGGAUAAUUUCACAGCCGAAGAUGAUACUAUAUCUUUAGACUACAUCGAACUGCAAAAUAUGGAAAUGGAAUCUCCGAUUUCAUCAAAGUUGAAAGUCAGUCAAAAUAACGAUGAGGCGACCAGCUCAAACAUUUUGAACCCACGCAUUGCACAGGUGGAUGACACUUAUCGGGUUCCUAGUCUAUUAGAGGAAGAAGAUACCCAUGAGUUACAAAUAUCGUUCGAUUUGGAAGAAGAGCUUCCUGACAAAACCGUCGGUCGAAGAAUUGUUGCAAUUAGUAAUUUUUUUACAAAAUUACAAUCGAUUUGCAAUCAUGGACCCUUAGGAUGCGGUAUUCAAGAAAUGCAGUUGGUUGGAGAAGUAAAACAUGGGCAUAAUUGAACUUGGCUCUCAUUUCACAUUUAUGUUUUUGUUGGGAAAUCAUUACUUUUGUACAAAAAGUAAGAAAUUACUAGUGUUAAUCAUAAAAGCAGUUGUGCUGAAAACGAGACCCUCGCUAACGCGCGGUCAACUGUCAAAAAAUUUCAGUUUUCAAUAUUUUCUUUUUUUAUACGCCUUUUAGUCUACCUUCAUGCCAAAUAUCAAGUUUCUAGGUUAUCUAAAAGUGGGUUAGGUUUUUGGUAAG